AUGGAGACAAGACUCAACAAAAAACAAAAGGAAACAGAAGAACGUUAUAGCGAGGAAGGAAUAGAAAAUGUAGACGAAGAAAUUAGUAUUACAGAAACAACAAUCAAGGAGAGUACCACAGAAAUGUCAACAAUGGAUAGGAUAUUACAAAUGCUACAGGUACAGGAAGAAAACAGUAAAAGACAGGAAGAAAACAGUAGAAGACAAGCAGAAAAAAUAAAAAAAAGUAUAGAUGAAAACAGUAAACGACAAGAUCUAGGUUUUAAACAAAUGGAGCAAAGACUAGAACAGCAUAAAGAGGAUGUACAAAUGUAUUUAAAACAGAUGAAACAUGAAGUAGAGCAGAAAACAAAGGAAAUUAGCCAAAAUUUAGAAAAACAUACCAAGAAACUAAAGAAUUUGGAGAAACAUGUAGAAGAUAGAGACGAGGAAAUAGAGGAUAGAUUUAAAAAAUUGGAUAAGAAACUAUUGGAAGUAAAAUCACAACAUAAUACUGGAGAAAGAAGACAAGUAAUUAUACACAAUGGAGCAGAAAAUAAGGUCCAAUUUGGCGGGGAUAUAAAGAAACAGCACCCAGUCCCGUUUAUUAGGAUGCUUAAAAAUAAAAAACAAGUAUAUGAAGAGUUUGAAGAGGCUAAGGAUAUGAUAAGGACUCAUUUUAAGGAUGGAACAGCAUUAUGGUUCGAGAGUAAGCAAAAUGAGUUGCAAGAUUGGGAAGAAUUUGAAAGAAAAUUUUUGAGAUAUUAUUGGGGAAAAGAGAAACAGAUGGUCGUGAAUAGUGAACUACAAAAUGGAAAAUAUGAUGAGAAACUAGGAAUAUCCGAAGAGAAAUAUGCAUUGCAAGUAUACGCCAGUGGGCAAUAUUUAAAUUAUAAUUAUUCGGAAGAACAGCUAGUUGAAUUGAUAGCAAGACAUUUUGACAAUACAAUGGAAGACUAUGUCACCUUGCAAGGAUAUAGGGACAUGGACAGUUUAUGCCAGUUUUUAGUUGUAAGAGAGGCUCGAAGAAAAGAAAGAAGGACCGAUAGACAAACGGAAAACAAUGGGAACAACCAAACAAACCGCACAAACAACUACAGACAGUCUCGUAAUGAAAAUCCUUACCGAUACAAUGGAUAUAGGGAUAAUGAGGGACAAAGAUAUACAAACAAUUUUAAUCAAAAUAGAUAUGAACAGAAUAGAAAUGGAUAUCAUCAAAAUAGAUUUCAAAACAGUGGGAGAAAUUAUAACAAUCAACCAUAUGAGCCAAAUGCAGGUCGGGAAAAUUUUAAUAGAGAAAACCAAUAUAACAACAACAAUGGACAAGGAAGAGAACAGAACAGAGAAAUAAACAGCCUAAGUUUCACCAGAGAAGGAGAAAAUGAACAAGGACACCAAGAAAUGGACAAUGUGGAAGUAGAAAUCAAUAGAGCAGGGUCGUCUUUUCAGGAGGGCACUCACUAA